UAGUAGCCGAGGGCUCGGCGGGGAGGAUGCGGCCGGGGGCGCCCGCGGGCGCCGGGUGGGCGGUGCGGGCGGCGCAGACGGGGCUCAGCUGGGGCGUCACGGUGGGGCUCUUCCUGCACGACACAGAUCUCCGGAGGCAGCUUGAGCAAGGAGAUCUUCUUCAGCCGAUUGUGUUCACCUUGCUGGUUCUCUCUUCCGUCGUCCUGUAUUUUGUGGUCUCACUCAUGAACCCAGGCUACGUUGAGGGCGACAGCGGGGAUGAGAAGGACUCAAUGACCGGAGAAGAGAAAGCCAAAACUUCCAUCCAAGCGUCUGAUGUUCGUCUCCGGCGGUGUGGAUACUGCAUGGUGAAGCAACCUUUGCGAGCCAAGCAUUGCCAGGCGUGUCAGCAGUGCGUCCGCCGUUACGACCACCACUGUCCUUGGAUUGAGAACUGCAUCGGGGAGAGGAAUCACCCACUUUUCGUGCUCUACUUGGGGGUGCAGCUCACCGUCCUGCUCUGGGCUCUGCAGGUGGCUUGGUCCGGCCUGAACUUCCAGUCCUUUUCCUGGCUCUGGCUUCAGUGCCACCUGCUCCUCCUCCUCUCCUUCCUGCUCCUCACCAUCUGCACCGUGAUUGCGACGCUCCUGCUGGGCUCCCACCUCUACCUCGUCUCCUGCAACACCACCACCUGGGAAUUCAUGUCCCGCCACCGCAUUUCCUACUUGAAACACUGCAAGGUGGAGAACCCCUUCGACCAGGGGGUCCUGCUCAACCUCUGGAGGUUCUUCUGCGCCUGCCGCCUGAUGGCCUGGGAGAAACUCUACCCUUCGGAGGAGACCGAGCUGGUGUGAUGGAGGGCAGGAGGGUUUCGAGAGACGGAUCGGACCGAGCUGGUCUAAAGUCACAACGGAAGCUUUGAAGAAGAUGCCGGAGCACCAGGUCUUCACCCCGACUAGGAGAAGGACUUUCCCCUCUUCUAACCAAAGGCUAAAAUCUGACGGGUCGUGUUGGGGUGAGCCAAUGGGCGGACCCUAACCCUAAUAACUGAAGAUUCAGCUUUGAGAUUUGGAGAUACGGAGAUCUGGGCAGGCGAAGAAAGCCUACAGCGUCAGGGCAGAAGCAAGAAGGAAAUGCGGAGUGGCUCAGAAUGCCCUGCUUUUGAAAGAUCACGAAGCGGGUUUUGGCUGGAGGUUCGUAUCGAAUUGAAGAGACGGACGCUCCUUGGAAGGCCGAGCAUAAAAGUUUUGCUAAGUAAGAACAAGGCAGCUUCACAGCCGGCUGUGAGGUUUAAGAGCUUAAGAAAAAAUGAUUUUAAUCCAACACUAAUGCUAAUAAAAGACCAAAGCUUGCAUCAAA